AUGAAGCCCUUCGCAACAAUUGUGCUUGUGAUGUGCAUUUACCUGUCAGGAUCGGACAGUGCAGGAUUGAAUGGAAAAUCAGUGAUAUUCCCAACCGAGACAGACAACAGCUUCGUCAGGUUGAAUGCGCCUCACUUCGCCAGUUUGACCGCCUUUACUGUUUGUUUCAGGGCAGCCACUGAAGCAACACGCCCUUACAGUUUGCUCUCCUACGCAACAAGCUAUUCCCACAACGAACUCCUGAUUUGGCAUGUAAAUAAAACACAACUCUAUGUGUUGUUAGGAAGUAAUGUAGGUAGGUUUUACGUCCCAGAAAUGAAUUCUUUACUGAGACACAUCUGUGUGAACUGGGAGUCUAAAGGGGGUGAGAUAACAGUCUGGGUCAAUGGGAGACGCAGUGUACAGAAGAUUGGUGGAAAGGGUCGGGUUGUGAGAGGGUCCGGUCAGUUUUUUCUUGGUCAGGAGCAAGACUCAGUUGGUGGACGUUUUGACAAGAAACAAUCCUUUGUCGGAGAGAUAACUGAUGUUAAUAUGUGGGAUCAUGUUCUAAAACCCAAUGAGAUUGAGUUGAUCAGUCAGGGGUGUUACGGUGAUGGAGGGAACAUCAUUGACUGGGGAUCUACAACAUUUACACCAGGAGGGAACGUCAUAAUUGAAGACAAUAAUGAUUGUACACUUUAAAUGUUUUGGCUCCAAAAGGCAUUUAAAUGUGCAGAGGGGUACACAAUCUCCUCAAACUACUGUAGCUGAAUAUAAACUUGCAUUGCAAUCUUUCCUCUCUAAACCAGAUCAGUAGUAAAAGUAGUGGUGUUGAUUCCAGAAUAAAGGGUUGUUCACGUCAGGGUAAGGGA